AUGAAGAGGCGGCGGCGCCGGCCCCCGGCCGCCCGGGGCGGCGGCUUUAGGGCAAGAGGAGAGGCCGGGCUGGACGCGCGAGACGAGAAGGUGGUGUACUCGCGGUCGCAACUGUCGCUGGCCGACAGCACCAAGGCGCUGGGCGACGCCUUCAAGCUCUUCAUGCCCCGCAGCACGGAGUUCAUGAGCUCGGACGCGGAGCUCUGGAGCUUCCUCUGCAGCCUCAAGCACCAGUUCUCCCCGCACAUCCUGCGCAGCAAGGACGUCUACGGCUACUCGUCCUGCCGGGCCCUGGUGCCCGAGCCCCUGCCGCCCGCCGCCGCGGCGGCCGCCCGCCGCCGGCCCGGCCCGCGCGCCGCGGCCAGGAGGAGGCGCCGCGGAGUCCGGGCGCCCGCCGCGGGCAGGAGGAGGCCCCGGCCGCACCCGUCGUCCCCGCCGGUGCCCGAGGAGCCCGGCUUGGACAAGCCCGAGACGCCGGCGCCCUGCUUCGGGGGCCGCACCCUGGAGGAGAUCUGGAGGGCGGCCACCCCGACGCUGACCACCUUCCCUACCAUUCGCGUCGGCGGCGACGUGUGGGGCGAGCGCAGCCUGGCGGCGGCGCGGCGCAGAGCGCGCCAAGUGCUGCGCGUGGACCUGGAGCCCGUGGUGAGGCUCCGCCGCUUCCCGGUGCCCCGGGCGUGA